UUAACAAGUAAUAACAGCAGGAUAUCAUGAGAAUCUACAGACGCUGCCUGCUCAAAAUUGGUGCCUUGCUGGCACUGGUCAUGCUGGCCAUACCAUUCAUUCUGCUGUUACAGGACCACAGUAAUAAAAAACCUAGCAAAAAGACUGCUUUGAAAAGUGUGGACAAGCACCUGCAUGUGAUCUCUACCAUAAGUAAUGCAGUCUUAAAGCCAGGAAUAUUAGGAAACUAUGAACCACCACCUGUGCAUCGAGAGCCAUCACCGGGAGAUGGAGGCACAGCAGUGAAGACUGACAUGAGCUCAGCUGAGGUUCGAAAUGGCAUCCGGCAGUAUGGAUUUAACAUGGUAGCCAGUGACAAAAUAUCUCUAAACAGGACAGUACCUGACACACGAAUGGACGAGUCGUGCGAGAUGAUUCUCAUGCAGCUUUGCAUUCUUGUGUAUGUUUGUUCAGAGCAUCUGAAAGAAAAGUUGGACGACUAUGUUAAGACGCUGGGAAAAGUACGCUUGAUACGUAACGUUAAAAGAGAAGGCCUGAUUGGCUCCCGCACAAUCGGCGCCAAGAAUGCCGUCGGGGAUGUCGUUGUGUUUCUAGAUGCUCACUGCGAAGUCAAUUUCAACUGGCUUCCUCCUUUGCUAAACAGAAUCAAUGAUGACAGGACUAUAAUUGCCGUGCCUAUAGUGGAUGGUAUAGACAUGGAUGAUUUCCAUUACCGACCAACAUACUCGGCAGGCACUCACUUCAUUGGAAUAUUCGAGUGGGGAUUCCUGUACAAGGAAAUGCAGCUUCCGGAGAAAAUACGAAAGCAAAGAGCUCAUGAUAGUAUGCCAUACAAAGCUCCGACUCAUGCUGGUGGUUUAUUGGCCAUAGAUAGAAAGUAUUUCCUAGAAGUUGGAGGCUAUGACCCAGGAAUGAUGGUGUGGGGUGGCGAGAACUUUGAAUUGUCUUUCAAGGUGUGGAUGUGUGGAGGAAGUGUUGAAUGGGUACCCUGUUCACGUGUUGGUCAUGUAUACAGACACUUCAUGCCUUACGGCUUUGGAGAGUACGCCAGCAAAGGCCCGAUCAUAGAUCUGAAUUAUAAGCGAGUUGUUGAGGUUUGGAUGGAGGACGAGUACAAAGAGGCGUUCUACGCCCGCUUGCCCUACGUCCGGAAACUCGAUGAAGGCGACAUCAGCGAACAGCUGAAAUUCAAGCAGCAGUACAACUGCAAGAGCUUCAAGUGGUUCAUGGAGAACGUUGCGUCUAUGGUGCUCGAUCGAUUCCCGUUGCAGCCGCCCAACAAAGUCUGGGGAGAGUUUCGCAACGUGGGUGGUCAAAACGUGUGCUGGGACACCCAGAGUGCACCAAUUGGACAGGCAAUAGGUAUCAGUGCAUGCCAUGGCUUUGGAGGUAACCAGAGGUACCGGCUGAAUACUGCUGGGCAGAUAACGACAGGAGAACGGUGCAUCAGUGCACAAGGCACCUCAUUGAUGUAUAAGGUCUGUCCUGAUGGCAAGGUGGAUGACCAAUGGAAAUAUGACGAUGCAACAAAACAAAUCUCACACACGCGUUACAACAAAUGUGUUGAGGCUAAAGGAAAUACUCUUGUGUUGGCACCAUGCAAACAGCAGAGCACAUUUCAGCAGUGGAAGAUCACUCCAAAAUGAAGUAUCCAGGCAUAGCACAUCGCAGGAUUGUACAUGGACAAGAUCCGGCCAAUAACGACACUGAAAAGACAUUCCUAAAGAAUAUAAGACGUGUAGUAAUUGCUCAAGGUGGAGCAUAUUAGGCUAGCGUUGCAACACAGUUCUUAUUUGCCAUAACCUCUCUGACCAGUCAAGAUCCUUUUGGUGGAAGUUCAAAUACCCUUAAACAAGUGUUUAGUGGUCAGUUGUGCAAAUCGUUCAUGUCUGUAAUUGUACUCUUGUGUACAUCAUAUAAGCAAAUUCUGCCUGCCUUCUGGUCCACCCUUGAAAAGGGGCUAGGUCUUGUAACAUUAAACAAGAAAUCUUUAAAUGUGGGCCUGCUAACUUAUUACUAUGUAAUGUGUUUCACAUCUGAACUGUAGCCAGUCGGAAGUUUUCAAGUGAAUUUGACUUUGAUGAAACCAAUAGUUACAUUAGGUGACGUUUCUAAUGAAGGUGCUUUCCUAAAAUUGAAGCUACUGAAAGGAAAAUGGAAAAAGAGUUAAUGCCACAACUUUGUUAACGUCACCAACAUAGUAUUGAAAGUAUUUUUAUCGUUCGUUUUCAAAGAAAAUGAGCAUUUAAUAUAGAUAUUAUUACACCUAAUGAACUGUUUAAGUACAAAAAUGCAAAUAAAGUACUUAAGCUAAAUAUAAACACAGCUUUAUGCAUAUCAACACUGCACCGUCGCCCAAAACUACCACUGUGUGAAUGUGAAUUUUGUGGUGUUUGUAAGUUAUAUAUAGUCAAGUACUGUUACAUAUAUGCAUUUUCAGAUUGCAAAUACUUUUCCAAAGAAUAACGUGGGUCAUUCAUCGGUUAUAUCUAAUGAAGUCUAACAUAUAAUAAGACGUGAACGGUUGCCCAUUUAUUAUAGAAGUGAUCGUAUUGUGGCAACGUUACAAACGACUUUGUCGUACUUUCCUGAAGGAGUAAAAACUACUAAAUUAUAGGCCUACAAUUGAGACAAAUGUGAACGUGUCAACCUUUGAAAGUCUAGGAUAUGGUAGAAGUUUGAGAGCUCGAGAGUUCUGUAUAUUUAUUGCCAUUACUUAAUUGUGAUAUCUUAUUGUCAUGACUCGUGCACAUUUUAUUUUUUCUUGCAACGUUUUGCGUGACAGACAGAUAAUCCACUCAUUGUUGGUUACCAACAUACAAAAUUCUUCAUUUUUCCUCAAAACUAUUCUUACUAUUGCGUUGAUAAACGUCAUUACACGAUAGCCGGUGUAAAAUACAAAUUGAGUGGAAUAGUGUAUAUAGUUUGAUCUUCAUCUAUUUGAGCUAAGAAAGCAAUAACCAUGGGCUUGUACCUAUUGCGCCGAACUAUGUCUUAUAUGUGGCAAAAUAUCUGUUGCACCAAUAACAUAAGGGUUUGUCAUAGUUAUGCAUGGCUUUAAAUUGGCUGUCUAUCUUGCAUAAGAUUACCUACCUUUAUGCAUUUAGUUAUUGUGUUUAAUUAAUCUCACAGUACACCUGGGGUGAACAAACUAUAGAAUCUCGGAUGCUGUAAUGUGUACAUUAAAAACUGCAGAUGCAAGCAAUAAGUUUUAUUCUAGUUGAAAUGAGGGACUGACAGACUGUUGGGAUUUGGGUUUACUGUAAUGUAUAAAUGUAUAUUCGUCCACGUGUCCUUAACGUGAUUUAGCAUGGCUAUUUGUGCGGCGUUUUGUGAAAAGGCCAGAUAGGGUGACGGCGGGCCCUAACUUCCAUACGAUGUUCAUUCGUGCGUGCGGUAUUACCUCCACAGUUUGGUAGGAAAGUGGGCAGAAGGUUUUCGGCUUGAUUCUAAAUGAUGUGAUAUGGCGAAUAAAGAUGUAUUAUUUGUUAGUAGGCCCUGUGCCAUCAUUGACAUGUUGACAAGAGCCCUAUACCAUAUUCAGCUCUAUCACAUGGUCGUAAUAGGCCUUUGAUUUUAGGUACUUGCGCAUUUCGUGUAGUAAAUGACGUCAUGAUCUGAUAUAUGCAUUCCUGUACUGUGCGUGUAAGUUUAGAAUUUUUCAGGGAAUGGUUGUAAAUAUUCGUGUAGGUCUUUUUUUUUACAAAACAAUAAUGUGUAUAUUUUGGUAAUUGUGAAGGGACCUAAUUAUGCGUGUAUGUGUGCAGCUAAGCGUGCAGGUUUCUAUGUAACUGGGAGAUUACGUAUUAAUAAAUAAUAACGGUUUAGUUCUGCUACAGUU